AUGGCGAUCAAGCACAACCAGCAGCUCCCCAACAACCACUUCCACAAGGACUGGCAGCGCCGCGUCCGCGUGCACUUUGACCAGCCCGGCCGCAAGUCUCGACGCCGCGCCGCCCGUCUGGCCAAAGCCGCCGCCGUCGCUCCGAGACCUGUCGACAAGUUGAGGCCCGUCGUGAGGUGUCCUACGAUCAAGUACAACCGCCGCGCUCGGGCCGGUCGGGGGUUCACGUUGAUGGAAUUGAAGGAAGCCGGCAUCCCCCGCAAACUCGCACCCACGAUCGGCAUCUCAGUCGACGCCCGGCGCCUGGACACCAACGAAGAGACGCUCAAACUCAACGUGUCGCGCCUGCAAGCCUACAAGGCCCGCCUGAUCCUGUUCCCGCGCAAGUCCGGCCAGCACAAGAAGCUCGACUCGUCUGAGGGCGACGUGACGAUGGCGACCGAGUCCCUGGAGAAGAAGGACGGCAAGAUCGCCACCAAGGUCGCGCGGGUCAUGGCCAUCGACGCCGGCGUGGGGCUCAAGCACGGGUUCCAGGAGAUCAGCAAGGACGACCUGCCCGAGGGCGAGGAGGACGCGUACAGAAAAUUGAGACAGGCGCGCAGCGAGGCGCGGUACGUCGGCGUGCGCGAGAAGAGAGCCAAGGCCAAGGAGGAGGCCGAGGAGGCGAAGAAGAAAUAA